CUUUGACGUUUAAUUUUUGUACUAUUCCUCGAAAUAUCAUCGGAAUUUAUAUAAUUUUACCUUUUAUUAAAUGAUGCAUUAAAAACCCGGUAACGUAAUGGAACAUAUACUAAAAGGCCGCUUCGGACGUGUCGUAAUCAGUACAUACGCUCAAUUACCGCUAAAAUACGGCAGUAAUGUAACAUGCAGAAGAGGGAUAUGCUCGACUUGGACUGGCAGGACUCUCGAUAGAUCUAGGCCCCUUUUAAAACGUUAUCAGCUUCAACAGCAGAGACAAUAUGGAAUGUUCGCUGUACGGGCUUUAAGAGGAUUACUAAAAGUUCGAUAUUUACUACUUGGAGGGGCCGUAGGAGGUGGAGUAACACUACAAAAAAAAUAUCAAGAUUGGAAGGAAGGUCUUCCAGAUAUGAAGUGGCUUGAUGAAGUUAUGCCUGAUAAUGAUAAGUGGAAGCAAUGGAGAGGUUCUUUAAUUGAUUUUAAAGAUAAUAUAAAGGAUAAUAUUGAAAUUGAUCCACGACUCAAGGCCUUAACAGAGGCAAAAUAUCAACAAUUUCGCAAUUGGUUUGAUCAGCGUUUGGAUGAUGCCAUAGCGGCUGCUGAACAAACUGAAAAUAAUCAUCAAAAUGGAAACAAUAAAUUAAUUAAAUCAACAUCUCUUGGUGGUUCAUUUGGGGGCUUGUUGGAAUUUCUAGAGAGAUUGUACUCAGAAGUGGCUGAAGAAUUAAAAUCACAAAGUACAGUUUAUACACGUUCGGCACCAAAUGAAGAACAAAUUAGAAGGGAAGCACAACAGCGAUUGGAUGCAAUUCAAGAAGAAAUGAUGCAAACUCAAAUAAGAUAUCAAAGGGAAUUGGAACGGGUUGAAAAAGAGAAUAAAGAGCUUCGUAAACAGAAUUUGUUAUUAAGACAGGGACGUAAACCCAGUACUAGGCAAGUGAAGAGGAGUUUAAUUGAUAUGUACAGUGACGUUUUGGAUGAAUUAGCCGAUUAUGAUAGUGGUUAUAAUACUGCCGAUCAAUUACCAAGAGUUGUAGUUGUUGGUGAUCAAAGUAGCGGAAAAACUUCAGUUUUGGAAAUGAUUGCUCAAGCGAGAAUAUUUCCAAGAGGAGCUGGUGAAAUGAUGACAAGAGCCCCAGUGAAAGUGACACUUUCUGAAGGUCCAUAUCAUGUGGCGCAAUUUCGCGACUCUUCAAGGGAAUUUGAUUUAACUAAAGAAUCAGAUUUGGCUGAUUUAAGAAGGGAAGUUGAGUUGAGGAUGCGGAAUAGUGUUCGUGGGGGUAAAACUGUAUCUUCUGACGUUAUUUCAAUGACUGUUAAAGGUCCUGGUUUACAACGAAUGGUGCUUGUUGAUCUUCCUGGGAUUAUUUCGACACAAACUACAGAUAUGGCUGCAGAUACACGUGAAAGUAUUAAAAUGAUGAGUCAGGGUUAUAUGAAUAAUCCCAACGCUAUCAUUUUAUGUAUACAGGAUGGAUCUGUAGAUGCUGAAAGAAGCAAUGUUACUGAUAUUGUCGCUCAAUGUGACCCACAAGGCAAAAGAACAAUAUUUGUUCUUACCAAAGUCGAUAUGGCUGAAGAAAAUUUAGCAAAUCCUGACCGGAUACGGAAAAUACUCUCAGGUAAAUUAUUUCCAAUGAAAGCUUUAGGGUAUUUCGCAGUUGUUACUGGACGAGGUCGAAAAGACGAUUCAAUUCAAACAAUUAAAGAUUACGAAGAACAAUUUUUCCGAGGAUCAAAACUUUUCAAAGAAGGUCUUAUUCGAUCAACGCAGGUAACCACAAGAAAUUUAAGUUUAGCUGUUGCUGAUUGUUUCUGGAAAAUGGUUCGUGAAACUGUUGAGCAACAAGCCGAUGCAUUUAAAGCGACCCGGUUUAAUUUGGAGACGGAAUGGAAAAAUAAUUUUCCGAGAUUACGCGAACAAGAUAGAGACGAAUUAUUUGAAAGGGCUCGAUCGGAAAUUUUAGAUGAAGUCGUUAAUUUAUCGCAGGUUUCGCCGAAACAAUGGGAAGAUUGUUUGUUGGAUAAAAUAUGGGAUAAAGUUUCAAAUCACGUUUUUGAAAAUAUUUAUUUACCUGCAGCUCAAACUGGGACGCAAGCAACGUUUGACACAGCUGUAGAUAUUAAACUGCGUCAAUGGACCGAACAAGGUCUCCCAGCAAAAUCUGUCGAGUCAGGUUGGGAAACGCUUCAAUCCGAAUUCGAUCGCUUCAUGCAAAAAGCAGCUCAAGCGACGGAUCAUGACGAUAUUUUCGAUCAAUUAAAAACCGCAGUCGUCACAGAAGCAAUGCAACGUCAUUCUUGGGAAGAUAAAGCAUCGGAAAUGUUACGCGUUAUCCAAUUAAACACGCUCGAAGAUCGUUCGAUUUCCGAUAAACGCGAUUGGGAUUCAGCCGUAAAAUUCUUAGAAUCAAGCAUUAAACAUAAAAUGAAGCAAAAUGAAGGAUUACUAAAACAAAUGCUUGGACCGUCAAUGAAAGAACGUUGGUUGUAUUGGAGAUAUUUAUCUGAGUAUCAACAAAAAUGUUGCUCUGUUAAAACAGAAUUGGAUAAAAUUUUAUAUUCAGAUGAAAAACACCCCCCUUUAUUAAGCUUUGAUGAAUUAACAACUAUUAGAAAAAAUCUACAACGUAGUAACAUUGAAGUUGAUAGUGAUUUUAUCAGAGAGGUUUGGCGCCCAAUUUAUAGACAUCAUUUUCUGAAACAAUCACUAAGUCGUACUUACGAUUGUCGAAAAGCAUUUUAUAUGUACCAUCAACAAAUGGAUGUUGAAUGUGGUGAUGUGGUUUUGUUCCAUCGAAUUCAACAAAUGAUGAAAGUGACUGCGAACGCAUUACGACAACAGAUUAUGAACAGAGAGGCCAGAAGAUUGGAUAAAGAGAUUAAAGAUGUUUUAGAGGAUUAUAGUCAAGAUGCUGAAAAGAAACAGAAGUUAUUAACUGGUAGAAGAGUUACUUUAGCGGAAGAUUUAAAACGAGUGCGACAAAUUCAAGAAAAACUGGAAGAAUUCAUACAAGCAUUAAACAAAGAGAAAUAACACUAGUCAUGUUAGGUUAUCAAAUUAUUUUCAAUCCCAUGACCCCCGUAAUUGUUGAGGUUAUUAAUUGUAGCUUGUAUCAAUAUUUAGGCUGAACCUAUUAUUUUUUAGUAAUUUUUAUUUUAUGUUAUUCAUAAAUAAAACAAAAUAAUUUUUGAA